UCAACAGCAGUCACGGUCUGGUUCUCUGCAGCAGCAAGACACCGCUCUAUCAUUCCAGCUCCUCCACAACCCGCUGUCCGGUGCAUGACAGGAGCUUUUCCCAGUUCAGGCCAGCUUAUCAAGUCCUGUCAUAUGUUCGAUCACCUGCCUCGGUCUGCCCUCACCGUCGGAAUUCCUUGCAAGACGUAUCUUACCCAGACCGGACACUCCUGGCCGCCCGGAUUUCCGAUCUUUGGACGUUUUCCUUUUGCCGUGUAUCUCACAUUCUCGCCCGGAAGGUUUCUCAUCCGGACAGGAUACAUAACAAACGGACCGCCAUUUGGACGGGUUGGUUGACUUUCAGUCUAUUUCUUUUUCGUGCAAAUCUUCUUUUUCCAGGCCACCUCGAGUCAUCCGGACCUGCAUUAUGUUCUCACCCGAGGACAAGAUGACCCAACCGGGUUAUUUCUAUAGCACUGCAGCCGUGCCAACGAGUGAACCCUGGAAUUUGCCACGCAGUGGGCACCAGGUCGGUACGAGCGACAAUGGCAGCCGCAACUAUCGGUCGCCGAGUGUAACCUACUCCAAUGGGACCGCUUCGUCUUAUAACCUCUCGGCCACUCCCCUCCCGGCCACCAGCCAGAGCCAGACAGGGCGCUACGACACCCCCUAUACCUCCACUCCAGCGUAUAGCCCGCGACCUGCGCCCGGAGCAUAUGUCAACACUGCCCCAACAUAUGGCUCGCCACAGAGACGAAGCCCGCAAAGCUGGGAGCGACAAGAGAUAAUCUCGCCAUCGGACUCGAUGGAUGACAUCGUGCUGUCACCGAGACUGUCGGAUUACUCGUUGGACAAUGUUGCUGGCACCACUCCGCCCGGAAAGGGUAAGGUACAUGGCAAAGGCAAGCCACAGCGGCGGCCUUCCCACAGGGACGAGUUUGAUGGGCCACAUCAGCUUCUCCAACGACCGCCUCCGGACUACAUCGCCAUGCAGGACCGGGAGCUACCCCAUCUCCCAACAAAUCUCUUAGUGCAAGAGCAGGAUAGUGUCCUGACAGAAGUCAACGACCGUUUGUCUCAGUGUGCCUAUGACUUUGUGGCCAGAUAUCAGUUCCCCAUCCCGCUCACCCAGGACAUGCGGCCCGUCGAGAGGCCCCAGGAUCGAGAGUGGACAGAGUGGGUGUACUUGCUCAAGCGCCUGGCGACCAAGAGGCGCAUCCCCGCGCGGGUGUUGUACAAUCAGCAGAUCAGGCAGUUCAUCACGAUCCUCGAGAACUCGCUGGAGAUGCGGCACGCCGCAAAGCACCAGUCGCGUCCGCUCAAGGACGACCGGAACGUCCUGCAGCUCAUCUCGGCCGGCAUCCAGGUCGCCAAGAUCCUCAAGGACGCCCAUGCCAUGGACUAUUUGGACCGGCUAUACGUUUCGACGGAAAGGCAGAUUCGAGAACGGUCGGCCGCAGCCGCGGCCCGGUUCCGAUGAAGUUGAGUCCGCUUUUAUACCUUUGGGGAGUCUACUUGCCGUAGACCAGCUUUCCAACCUUUGUUUGCGGUUCUUCUUACCUCUUUUUCCUUAUUGGAGGUUGACUCUUAUCGGUUGAGAGAAGAGGCCCUCAUUUGAGGCUGUUCUGAGGGAGAAGGACA